AACUGAGGGCUUUUUACCUUAUCCAGACGUUACUCUGACACAGGAUUCUGAUCCAAUUGGAUUUAUUUGAUUUGAUAAAUCAUCAUUGUUUGACAAAUCCAUUUAUUCACCAUCCAGGUUACUGUGUUGUAUGCUGCUGAUACUUUGAAUCUAUAUAUAAAAAACCCUAUUCAUUUUACAAUGCCUUUUAAAAGUGGUCUGGAAUUAACCGAAUUGCAGAAUAUGAAUACGCCUGAGGAUGACAACAUUAGCAAUGACUCUAACGAGCUAAUAGAGAUUGAUAACAAUCGAAUUAGCAGUAAAUUUAUUGCUGAUCGUGAAAGUAGAAGAAGUCUUACUAACAGUCACCUGGAGAAAAGGAAAUGUGAUGACUAUAGCCCCGGAACUACCUCAAUCGGAAUGUCUGUCUUCAACCUGAGUAACGCUAUCAUGGGCAGUGGAAUUCUCGGCCUAGCGUUUGCUUUGGCAAAUACUGGUAUUGUUCUGUUUGUGAUGCUUUUGAUUUCUGUUACCUUGUUAUCAGUCUAUUCUAUAAAUCUUCUCCUGAAGUGCUCAUUGGAAACAGGAUGUAUGGUGUAUGAAAAACUGGGAGAACAGGUGUUUGGUACCCCAGGAAAGAUAUUAGUCUUUGGAUCUACCUCUCUACAAAACACUGGAGCAAUGCUGAGUUACCUGUUCAUUGUAAAAAAUGAAUUACCCUCUGUCAUACAAUUUCUAAUGGGAAAAGAAUCAGAUUUCUCUGCCUGGUACGUGGAUGGUCGCAUUCUUGUUAUUGUUGUAACCAUAUCUAUCAUACUUCCAUUAUGUUUACUAAAGAAUUUAGGUUAUCUUGGAUACACUAGUGGAUUCUCCCUAUCCUGUAUGUUUUUUUUCCUUGUAGUAGUGGUCUAUAACAAAUUUAUAAUAGAGUGCCCUAUAACUGGAGCAAAUGUUACAUCCCAUAUACCAACAAAUAGAACAGACAUGUGUGAACCAAAGUAUUUCACAUUUAAUUCUAAGACUGUGUAUGCACUGCCAACGCUAGCAUUUGCAUUUGUGUGCCAUCCAUCAGUCCUUCCAAUAUACAGCGAACUUAGAGAUCGUUCCCAGAAAAGAAUGCAGUUGGUCUCAAAUAUAUCCUUCUUUGCCAUGUUUGUAAUGUAUCUUGUGACUGCACUUUUUGGCUAUUUGACAUUUUACAGCAAUGUUCACUCCGAGCUUCUUCAUACAUACCAGAAUAAAAAGGAUGUUCUCAUCUUGACUGUGCGUCUUGCCGUCAUUAUCGCUGUCAUUCUCACAGUGCCUGUGCUAUUUUUCACUGUUCGUUCUUCAUUGUUUGAAUUAGCAAGAAAAACCAAGUACAACUUUUGGCAGCAUUUAAUAGUUACUAUAAUUCUUCUAGCUUUGAUUGACCUACUGGUUAUUUUCAUACCAUCAAUGAAGGACAUCUUCGGUGUAGUAGGUGUUACAUCUGCCAACAUGUUGAUCUUCAUUCUUCCUGCAUCUUUGUAUUUAAAAAUCACUAAAGAUUCAGAGGGAUUAUUUUUUAAAGACCGUAUGUGGGCAUAUGCUUUCCUGACAUUGGGAGCAAUGUUUUCCUUAGUAAGCAUCCCUCUCGUGAUAUAUGAUUGGGUGCAUGGAGAAGAUGCCAAACAAGAACCAUAAAUUCAGCAAACAUGCCAGGACUAGCCGGUUUCAUCUCUUAAGCAAUGUCUCAAGGGCAAAAUCAGGCAACAGAUUUGAAGGGAAAAUCAGAUUUUAGGUUUACUCUAACUUCAUGUUACAAAUACAUUUUAUUUUUAUCACAAGAAAUAUAAUUAUAUAGCUUUAUAUUCUUUCCUGCCCCCCAAAACAACUGUCCUGUUUCAAAGCCAUCUUAUGCCUUUUGUACCAAUUUGAUAUCACAAUUUCAUAUAGAUUUUUUUAUACCUGGCAUUACGUUUCAGCUUGUUAAGCCCAAUCUGUUUCCUGUGGAAUAACUACUUCUAUUCAUAUACCCACUUUUCUUGUUUGGAGCAUUCUGACCUUAAAGGGAUAUGAAACCCAAGUUUUUUUUCUUUCAUGAUUCAAAUAGAACAUGCAAUUUUAAAAAGCUUUCUAAUUUACUUCUAUUAUCAUUUUUCUUUGUUCUCUUGAUUUCUUUUAUUGAAAAGCAGGGACGUAAUCUUAGGAGUCGUCCAUUUCUGGAGCACUAUAUGGCAGCAGUUUUGCAAGAAUAUAGUCCAUUUACAAGAGCACUAUAUGGCAGCACUAUUUCCUGCCAUGUAGUUCUCCAGAUGCUACCUAGGUAUCGCUUCAAUAAAAGUAAAUUGGAAACUUUUUUUAAAAUGUUAUGUUCUGUCUGAAUCACAAAAUAUUUUUUUUAGAUUUCAUAUAAUUCUUACCAGAAUAUAUAACAAACAUCUGAUUUAUCUUUUAACAGGAAGUCACAUUGAAAAAGAAACAUGUUAGUAAAACACAGAUUUGCCACAAAGUGGUAACAAUAUCCAUUUUAGUUGCCAAUAAUAAAUACUGCUUCAGAUAUUUAAAUUCAUUAACCAUUUCUAGAAAGUUAUUGGAUUUAAAAUCCUAAUAAUAUCUUAUUUUAAUAAUAUAUUGGUAUGUUUAAUAACCUACUUAGAAAUGUGUUUGUUCUGCCUUUGAACAUAGAGAGAUUGACCUUCUGUUUAGACUGCAUAGAUCAUAACAAAAGAAACAACACAAGAUUAAGUGCAGCAAUUAUUAUUUUAUUUAUUUUUUUAGAAUUGCAUUAUUUAUUUUACUUGCACAUACUGGCCCAGUUUAGUUGCUGGUUGCCACGUGUGAAUGUUUUUUUAACUGUACUUUUUAAGUACAUGGGCUGCGCCAAAUUGGUGAUAAGAUAUAUACACACAUUAGUUCAUAAUGUUGAAAUUUUAUACCAUGCUAGGGAGCAAUGCAUUGCUGGGUGGAAAAUAAUGUAUCACUUUUAAUGCUUGUACCUUUGCAGUAUACCUUUCCUUUCAUAUACUGUACAGGAAUUAUUUAACCCCUUAAGGACACAGCUUCAGUUUGCUCAAAAGUUCCACGACGGAAUAAUAAGGGGUUAACUUGAUUAGCCAGACGGUAUUGAGAACCUUUGAGGCAUUUUACAAUUAUUUUCUGUGAAAAAUAUAUCAGCUGUAGUGGAUUGGCAUCUUACUUUAAUGUUUUAUUUUAACUAUAGCCCAGAAUUUUAUAACAUAUUUCUAUAGCAGUACAAACAUGGUCAGAUAUGAAUAUAAUGAAUUAUGAAUACAAGAAUUUGUGGCAAUGAGUAAAUUAACAUUACCUAGAUUAUAAACCCCCUUAUUUGUGCAAGAAUGUUUAGAAAUGUUCUGCAUCCUAAUGUUUAAAAGAAAAGUGCUUUGAAAUAGAUUAUAUACUUCAGUUAUAUAUUUUAUGACCCUUAAUAAUCGAUGCCACAUUUGAAACACAUUGUAAAAAAUAUGUAAUAAUUUCAAAGCAAAGAUGAAAAACAAUGCAAAUACUUGCAACAAAAUUAUUGUUUUCAAUGUUUUUAAAACAUGUAUCUUGUAUUAAGAUCCUUUGCAGUGCUGAUAUCUUUUUAAGUAAUACAGUAUAUUCAGUUUCGCAGACUAUUUUCUGUAUAGAUAACAUCUAAUGAUCAUAAGAUACAUCUGCAAAUGAAUCGUAUCAAUCACAAAAACUCAGUUUUAAUAACUUUUCCCAAGUUAAUGUGUAACAUUCUCUAAUCUUUAUAUUGUGUAAGACGUAUAUUAUGGCUGUUACGCCUUGAGUCAUAUGCCUCUAGUUAUCAUGGUCUGGUGGACCUGAUCCGACACUGUGGAUCAGGUCCGCCAGACCUCGCUGAAUACGGCGAGCAAUACGCGCGCCGUAUUCAGCAUUGCACCAGCAGCUCACAAGAGCUGCUGGUGCAACGCCGCCCCCUGCAGACUCGCAGCCAAUGGGCCGCCUGCAGGGGAGUGUCAAUCAACCCGAUCGUACUCGAUCGGGUUGAUUUCCGGCGAUGUCUGUCCGCCUGCUCAGAGCAGGCAGACAGGGUUAUGGAGCUGCGGUCUUUGUGACCACUGUUUCAUAACUGCUGUUUCUGGCGAGUCUGCAGGCUCGCCAUAAACACGGGGCAUCAAGCUCCAUACGGAGCUUGAUAAAUAUGCCCCAUAGGAUUUGUUUUUUUGGCAGUUUAAUUGGUUUCAUUUUAAGAAUCCUAAACUAAAAACCGGUGCAAAAAUUAAUCAAAGUUCAUUUUCUCUAGAAUCUAUUUUUAUAAGUAAAGUGAAUUUUAUCAUAGUUGUCAGUUUAGCCAGAAAUACAAUAUUUACAAUUACUUUAAUCUUUAUGUGUUCCUGCAGUAGCAAUAGGGAGGGUAGGAAAAUAAAGAAAAUCUUUAAUACAAUUAUUUUGGAAAUCAUAUGAUAAGCAAAACAUUACUAAAGCAUUAAAGUGUAGAACAGUGCUUUCCAAACUGUGUGUCGGCAGCAGUGUGUAGGUGUGUCCCUGCUUCAGCACAAAUUUUUUUAAAUUAAUUUUUUUUUUUAUUAUUGUUUUUUGGUUUCUGACUUUCCACCUGCCUGCUACACAUAUCACAUGGUUGACACGUGAUUGGGUAAUAGAUCAUCUUAACCAAUUGGCACAGCUCAGUGGGAACUGAAACUAUUACCAUUGGCGGAUUUGGCGGCACAUUGGCUCCUCACUGCACGUGUAGUUUCCUUAAUUGGCUCGUGACUGCAAGUGUAGCCAGUGAGUGGGACAGCAGUGUGUUUGCAGCGCGGGAGUGGGACAGCAGUGUGUUUGCAGUGCGGGCAGUAGUCAGUCGGACUCACAGAGCUCUGAGGGUGGCAGCUUAAACGCUGAGCUGAAGUCAGUGUGAUUUUUUUGCAACUAGCUCCCAGUAGUGCAUUGCUGCUCCUGCUCUUGAUAUAUGGAUAGGAAGUGGAAGCUUAAAAAUGCUUGAUGAUGAAAUGCGAGUGUCUUUAUCUAAUAUUACACCAAAUAUUCUGGAACUGUGUUCAUCCCAUUAACCUCAUACAUCCCAUUAAAAUAGUAAGUAGCUAUUGGUGUUAUUAAACUUUUUUUAAUUCUUGCACAUACAUACUGUUACUUGUAAAUGCAUUUUGUUAUUAUAUAAGUUAUGUAUGUGUCCGUAUCUUUUAAAACAAGUUAGUUUAACCUCCUUUUUGCUAGUACAACUGAAUUACUGUGUCGCGAAAUUAUGUAGGUCUACAAAGUGUUUCACCAACAUGAAAAGUUUGGAAAGCUCUGGUGUAGAAUAACGAUGAUGACCAUUAAAAAAUACCAAAAAUAUGCAUACA